AUGGGCGCUAGCACCAAGAGAAAGAAGGAGAAGCAGCAGGACUUCCAUAAACCAAAACUCAAGGUCGGCAAGGCAAAGGCCAAGCCAGACAAUUUCACGGACACAAGUUUCAAAUCUAAAUCAAUAACGCUAAACCAACAAUCUCUAACCCUAAGCGCCCCCUCCACCACCUCCCAAUUCACCCACCACCUCUCCCUGCUAUCCUCAAAAUCAGACCCCCAACGCCGCGACUCCCUAGCCCAUCUCACCACCUCAAUCCAAUCAAAACCAACUUCCUCCCCCCUCCCCCACCCCGUAAGUGUCAUCCUCCCCCCUCUCCUCCCCCUCAUCCUCGACUCCAACUCAGCAGUACGAGGAAACCUCCUCAAACUCCUGCGCGUGCUACCCGAGCACGACGUCCGCGACCACGUCACACAGCUCAUGCCGUACAUCCGCGCCGGGAUGACACAUCUCGCAGCCGAGGUGCGGCUCAGCAGCGUGGAGAUCCUGGGGUGGUUGCUUUCCGUUGCGGGCGAGGAGGUCGUGGGUGUUGCGGGUGGCUGGGUGAAGACGCUGAAUUGCUUCCUGUCUGUGUUGGGAUGGCAUGUUCAAGCGGCGGAUUCGAAAUGGACUUCCGCCAAGCCGAUCCCCUCUGGUUCUGGCUCGGGACCUGGCUCUGGGUCAGGUGCGAAAUCGUCAUUCGGGAAGGCCGGUGCGAAGGGUCGACCGCAGGUGCGGUUUUUGGCUGUCCUUGCGGAGUUUCUGGAUGCGGGGAUUGGAUCGGCGGAUUCGUCUAUGGAGGAUGGGGACGAUGAGAAUCGGUAUCAGUUUGGUGGCGAAGCGGCGUUCCCUAUUGUGCAGUUCCAGUCGCAGAUGAUACCGAGCUCUGUGGCGGCGCCGUAUCUGUACCUGAAUCUGUUUGGGGCGCCGCGGGAUGAGGAGGGGGAGAUGUAUGAGACGAGGGAGGAUCGGUGGAGGGUGUUUGAGAGUAGGGGGUUUUUGGCUGCUGUGGAGAGAGGCGUUGAGGGGGCGAGGAGCGAGGGGGGUGAAGUUGGGAGGGCGAGUGCUGGGGUUAGGAAGGUGUUGGCUGAGGCAAAAUCUGGGCUGUAG